AUGGAUCUGGAGAUCUUGACUCGACCGCCGACACUGAUACCGAGAUGGGAAACCGAAGAAUGGACAGCACGGCUCGCAACCGUCCUCACUUCCACACCGUAUUUCUCCCAUCAAACACUUCACCAACCUAUCCAUCAUUCACUCCAGUCCUCCUCCCCUCCUUCCACCUCCUCGUCCUCUUCUCCGUCGUCCUCCCGCUUUCGAAUUCUCGACAUCUGUACCGGCUCCGGGUGCAUCCCUCUCGGCCUCGCUUCCGCUCUGCCUCCAAAAUCCUCCCACCUCAUUGGCAUCGACAUUCACGAAAAGGCUAUCCAGCUCGCUACAGAGAAUGAAACCCAUAACCGAGCGCUGCUGCGUGGGAAUCGUGUAAACUUCCAGCGGGGGGAUCUCAUGGCCCCCGACGCUGUUGACACCUUCUUAAGGUUCUCAUCACCUUCACAGAGACAGGAACAAGAGCAGGAGCAGUAUCAUAACAAUAGCAGCGCAGCGACGACGACGACAAGGAUUCCUCGGGCUACAGGAUACAAUCUCAUAAUUUCGAAUCCACCCUACAUCUCUCAUUCAGAAUUCUCGACCCUCGAACCAGAAGUCGCACAAUGGGAGGAUCCAAACGCACUCCUUGCAGACCAAGAAGGCUUAAUCUUCUACCCACGGAUUGCUCAUAUGGCCAUGUCGCUACUCCACAGUAACACCCACGCCCACCAUUCUUCUGAUGAACAUAAUAACUCUGUAUCAGAACGGCAAUGGCGGAACGGACCUGACCUGGACGAGGUCAAGGUUCCGGAACUGGUGUUUGAGAUCGGAGGCGAUCAUCAGGUCGAGUCUGUGAGUAAGGCUGCUCGGGAGGCAGGGUUCAGGAGAGUUCAGGUGUGGAAGGAUCUGGCGGACCGGUCUAGGUGUAUCAUAGCCGCGCGGUGA